CGCGGACUGAGAUUAUAGUUCCAGGAGUUCUAGGUGUUGUGAGGUUUUCUUCAGAGCUCUUUUCAGGGUUACAUUAUGGACGUUCUUGCCUUCCGCCGUGCUACAGGUGGUCAGGUCGCGGUUCCCUGAGCCACAGAGAAACUUCCUGAAAAACAGGAUGAGUCUCCUGCUGUAGUGACUGAAAAUAAAGACGCGCAUGAGGAAAUUUACCCAAACUAACCGGAACACACGGAUCUAAUACAGCUGAACAGAAAUGCUGAAACUUGUUGUUGCGGUGUGUAUGCUGACUGUAUGUGGACGUUGUAUGUGUGAGACUGACCCAGGAAGUUCGGAUCUGCAAGACAAACAAAAUGCAGUGUUUGUGGAAGAGAUGGAGGCCAGCAACUUUUUAGGACGCCACUUGCUGUACAACCGCUUCGACUUUGAAAUCUUCACUCCCGGGAAUUUAGAAAGGGAGUGUCAGGAGGAAGUGUGCAACUAUGAGGAAGCACGUGAGGUGUUUGAGAAUGAUCCAGAUACAGAAGCUUUCUGGAAGGAGUAUACAUCCGCUCAAAAUCAGGGGCCAAAAGUUGAUGUGACUGCGCUGUUGGUUGGCAUCAUUGCAGGCAGUGUGGCCGUCAUCAUAGUGGGUCUUCUCAUCUGUUAUUCCUGUAAGAAGAGGUGCACAAAUAAACGGUUUGCAGGGUCCAUCAGGAGUCAAGGCAGACGCAGUAAUGCCUCUGUGAUCAUCAGAAGGCUGGAGGAGGUCUCUCUGCACCCCAUCCCUGCACCUUUAACAGAUGACAUGGACACACAUGGGCUCCCCUCGUACGAACAGGCGAUCACUGCAGCCAGUCCACACGAUGUUCCACCACCACCUUAUCCUGGGUCCAGACCAGGCACCCUUCGACUAUAACCUGAACCCAAACACUGGAUCGGGUGUUUUCAUAUUUUGAACCAGCAGCUGUAGUGUUAUAUAAUUCAUCACUUUAACAUCUAGAGCAGUCCUGGCUAUCUGUUAUUUACUGGAAUUACAAUAAUUAGCAAAUUGAUGCGUGUUAAUUUCUUUGGCCAUUUCAAAUAGAUUUUGUUUGUACAUUUUGCAAUGUUGUAUUUCAUUUGCCAGGUCAUUUCAGGCAACUCUUGUGAGCCAGACCUUGUAGAAAUCAGUAUGAACUGUGGGCUUUAAAGCAUUUGAUUUUUUUUUUUAUUAACAUGAAGCUUUUGAUGAAGGAAAUUGUAUAACCUCGCUCAGCACUCGUGUACGGUGCUGUAAAAUAAUUGCACCCUUUCUGGUUUCCUGUCACAAUGAUUUAUUAUAGAUGUAUAAAGAAAACUUUCACAUUAACUUGAGUAAGAACACAACAUAUUUUUUGAAGGAUAAUUGUAUUUAUCUGAGGGAUCAAGGUUUAUAACACCCAUAUCACACUUAUGAAAACGCACAUCAAUUUCUAGAAUUGUAUAUCUACACAUUUCUAUUGGGUUCAAGAUUCACAUUCACAUUCCAGCUGUACGUAUAAUCAAAUUAUGCCUCAGCAUCAGCUCACAGGAAUCCCACACCAUGACACUAAAAGACAUGUCUAGUUGUGUAUAAAACUCUUACAACAAAACCUUUUUGCUCAUCACAAGAUCUAAAAAGACUCUUGAUAUCCAAAAAGAUCCAACUAUGAUUGCUUUAUUUACUCCGAAGGGUUUGGGGAUCAUACAGGGUUUUUUUUGGUCAGAAAUAGUUAUGUCCUUCCACAAAUCCAACAUUUGUCUAGUAUUUUUAAUAUUGUAAAGUCAUGAACACAGUCAUGAAAUAAAUCGAGAUAAAAAAAAAAGGUCUUUAAAAUGUAUGGAAUCUUUGUGAAUUCUGUAUACCUGAUUUGGCACAGAUUUUACGUCAGAUUCCUUUCUAAAUUGUUAUCUUUAUCCAGGCUUGGGACAGACACUGAGUGCAUCUCCGAAAAGUUUGGCUGUUUGGUCACACCCCAACUUAUAAAUAGCUCGAAAUCCUCCAGAGUAACACACAUUUCAUAGUAGAGGCAGUUAUAAUGGGACAAUUACUUUAUCACUGCACUGAACAUCUCAAUUGAUUCUCUAACUAGACGGAACCAGCUAUACCUCUUUUGCCUUUUUAAUUAUAGAAUUGCUGUUGUUUCUGAGUAAUUAAUAUUGUUUUAUUCAUUGCAUCUUAUUGUUUGUUCUUGUGUUCAAUCACUAGUGUAAAUGUACCAAAACCAAUCAGAAUUAUUGUAACACUAAUUGAUGCAGGUUGUUUUUUGAAGCUUUUGGAUUUAGUUAUGUGAAACCAGAUGUUCAUUUGUUUUACUUUUUCUUUUUGUAUUUUUUUUAUUACAUCAUUGUUUGUUACACUAAAUCAAAUAUAUUAAUAAUUAAAAAUAAAUUAACAUGAAACAUA